GGCUCACCGGAAAUGCAAAACACAUCAAAGACCCUCCCCUCACUCUGCGAGUGGUCUCGCACACACAUUGGCUCCACUUUUACCGCACCGACGCACGAGCUGACGCUCGCCGCGCUCGAUCAGACCUUCUCGCGAUCCCUUAAAGCGACCGUGAACGGCAAGCCGGUCGACUUUCACGGCUUUGGUCACAUGAUCGCAGCGAUGUCGGGGCACGGGAGCAACGGAGGCCCGCAUGUUGAGUGGUUGUCUGCACACGAGGAGGAAGAGGAGAAUGGGUGCCGAAGCGGGAUUGUAAGAGCGGAAUACAUUGUCCGAGAUAUCAUUGGGACAAUGCCUGGAUCGAAGAUCCCAAUGGAGCUCGAAGUGCACAAGAAGGUUGUCGCGAGAAUCGAAUCCCAGUCGGCCCGAUCAGACCUGGAUAGCAGACGAAUCGUGACGUUGGAUGCGCUGACAAAGAUGAUCCCAGUCAAUCCGUCGCGGAAAUCACAUCUUUGAGCGUAUGGGACCGAGCGAGGAGAAAGACAAAUGGCAUAUUGGGAACAAUUAAGUAGAUCACGUGAGUGCUCGGUGAGUGCGAUUGGAUAAUGGGGACCGGCA